UCCCGCCUCUGUGCCCGCCGCUCGCCGACCCUCCGCGGCUCUCGGGCUCCGGCCGGGCCUCGCGCCGUCUUCUCGUCAGGGGCCUCGCGCCGCCCGGCGCACGCCGCCCCACUGCCUCGCGGCGCGGGGUCUCGCGGGCCCCGCUCCCGCCCUCCGCUCGCCUGGCCCGGACCGGAAGCGGCGCCGCACGGCCUGGGCCUGGCGCGGGGGGCGGGCACCGGGGCCCGAUCGGACAUGGGCAAGAAGCACAAGAAGCACAAGUCGGACAAACACCAAUACGAGGAGUAUGUAGAGAAGCCCUUGAAGCUGGUCCUCAAAGUGGGCGGGAGCGAAGUCACCGAGCUCUCCACCGGCAGCUCGGGGCACGACUCCAGCCUCUUCGAAGACAGGAACGAUCACGACAAACACAAGGACAGAAAGCGGAAAAAGAGAAAGAAAGGCGAGAAGCAGGUUCCCGGGGAAGAAAAGGGGAGGAAACGGCGGCGAGUGAAGGAGGAUAAAAAGAAGCGAGAUCGGGACCGUGUGGAGAAUGAGGCAGAAAAAGACCUCCAGUGCCCAGCCCCUGUAAGAUUAGACUUGCCUCCUGAGAAGCCUCUCGCAAGCUCUUUAGCCAAACAAGAAGAAGUAGAACAGACACCCCUUCAAGAAGCUUUGAAUCAACUGAUGAGACAAUUGCAGAGAAAAGACCCAAGUGCUUUCUUUUCAUUUCCUGUGACUGAUUUUAUUGCUCCUGGCUACUCCAUGAUCAUUAAACACCCAAUGGAUUUUAGUACCAUGAAAGAAAAGAUCAAGAACAAUGACUACCAGUCCAUAGAAGAACUAAAGGAUAACUUCAAACUUAUGUGCACUAAUGCUAUGAUUUACAACAAACCAGAGACCAUUUAUUAUAAAGCUGCAAAGAAGCUGUUGCACUCAGGGAUGAAAAUUCUUAGUCAGGAGAGAAUCCAGAGCCUCAAGCAGAGCAUAGACUUCAUGGCAGACUUGCAGAAAAGUCGAAAGCAGAAAGAUAGGACAGACACGACGCCGAGUGGAGGGGAGGGCGGCUGCUGGCCAGCUGAAAGGGAAGACUCUGGUGAUGCCGAAACACAGCCCUUCCGGAGUCCCCAGAAGGACAACAGAAAGAAAGACAAAGAUAUGCCUGAAGAUAAAUUUAAGAGCAGCAACUUAGAAAGAGAGCAGGAGCAGCUUGACCGCCUCGUGAAGGAAUCUGGAGGAAAACUGACCAGGCGACUUGUUAACAGUCAGUGUGAGUUUGAAAGAAGAAAACCAGAUGGAACGACAACGCUGGGGCUUCUCCAUCCUGUGGAUCCUGUUGUAGGAGAGCCCGGCUACUGCCCGGUGAGACUGGGAAUGACCACGGGGAGGCUGCAGUCCGGAGUGAAUACUCUGCAGGGGUUCAAAGAAGAUAAAAGGAACAAAGUAACUCCAGUGUUAUACUUGAAUUAUGGACCCUACAGUUCUUAUGCACCACAUUAUGACUCCACAUUUGCAAAUAUCAGCAAGGAUGAUUCUGAUUUAAUCUAUUCAACCUAUGGGGAGGACUCUGAUCUUCCAAGUGAUUUCAGCAUCCAUGAGUUUUUAGCUACAUGCCAAGAUUAUCCAUAUGUUAUGGCAGAUAGUUUACUGGAUGUUUUAACAAAAGGAGGGCAUUCUAGAGCCCUGCAAGAGCUGGAGACGUUAUCACCUGAAGAUGAAGGAGAGGCUAGGACGCUCGACACAGCAAAAGAACUAGAGCAGAUUACAGAAAUAGAGCCAGCGAGGCAGUCCGACUCCAGCCAGCAGGACAGGCUCACAGCACUGGAAGCUGUCGCAAACUUUGGCGCUCCGGCUGAAAUUUUUGACUCUGAAGAAGCGGAAGUGUUCCAGAGGAAACUGGACGAGACCACCAGAUUGCUCCGGGAGCUCCAGGAGGCCCAGAACGAGCGGCUGAGCACCAGACCGCCCCCCAACAUGAUCUGCUUGUUGGGUCCCUCGUACAGAGAGAUGCAUCUCGCUGAACAAGUGACCAGUAAUCUUAAAGAGCUUGCACAGCAGGUAACUCCAGGAGACAUUGUAAGCAUGUAUGGAGUUCGAAAAGCAAUGGGGAUUUCAAUCCCCUCCCCCAUCAUCGAAAACAACUUGGUGGAUUUAACAGAAGAUUUUGAAGACCCUAAAAAGAUUGAUGUGGCUGAGUGUGGACCUGAGGGGAUUUGAAGCUAACUGGUAUUGAAUUAUAGAUUAUGUAUAUAUUUUUUUCAUUUUUAACUUGGAAAUUCUUUUCAGAAGAUAUUAAAUAUUUGUAAAUUGUGGUUUUCAUUAAACUUUGGAACAAUGA